CCUCCGGGGUUUGAGGGCGCUAUUGAGCCCAGAGCUGCUGAGGAGUGGCUGAGGAGGCUGGAAAAGACUUUUGAUGGGAUGCAGUGUCCUGCGGAUAGGAAGGUCCCGUUAGCAGUGUUUUUGCUAGAUGGAGAGGCUGAGCACUGGUGGGUUGGCCAGCAGGAAGCCAAGUUUCAGGGCAGACUGAACUCUUUGAUCACUUUGGAAGAGUUCACUGAGGUAUUCCAAGAUUGGUUCGUUCCCCCUUCUGCACGAAAGCAGAUGCAGGAGACUUUUCUGAGGCUGGUUCAGGGGAGCAAGACGGUGAUGCAGUAUGAGGCUGAGUUUACUGCCUUAGCCAGGUAUGCUCCGCAGUUGGUUAGUACUUCUGCUGAGAAGUGCUAUCGAUUUCCCCUCAGAAAUCGGACUACGAGGAAGAGAUUUGGAGGUGAGGCUUCUGGCAGUGAUUCCUCUGGGAAGAGGAGAUUUGUAGCUGGUUCUGGAUCCGGAGUCACCAUAUUUGACUCCAGGAGGAGCGGAGGGUCGUCUGGUACUGCUACCAGUACGACGAGUUCUGGUUCUGUCAGUAUGGCACCUGUGUGCCAGAAUUGUGGACGCCGACACUUUGGCCAGUGCUACAGGAUGGCUGGUCUGUGCUUCCGAUGUGGUCAGCCAGGACAUCGGAUUGCUGAGUGUCCACAGAUGGGAUUUGAUCGGCGUUCUGAGUUCCGAUCUGAGGGUUCUGUUAGACCUGUCAGUUCAGAAGGAAGACUGAGGACUGUUCCUCCUCGUCCUGAGGGAUUUUUUGGUAGAGGUG